AACAAGAAUAAAACGUCUGCUUGGUUUUGUCUUUGCGCUCCCGGGAUCGUAGCGGGUCUUUUAGAGAAGAGAGAAAAAUGAAGAGAAACCACGGCGGCCCCACCGGCUACUUCUGGAGACCCCUGAAAUCAGCAGCUGGAACUGCCAAUUUGGAGAGCCCUCCGGCCUGGUCAUCUAAGACCCGGGGUAACAGGUCCCCCCGAGCUGGGGGAGGGUCCGGGCUUUUCCCCCCCGCCGGGUCGGGCCCUUCAGCCAAGAGUGGCGCUGGCCAGGCUCCAGACGCGGGAAGGUGCCAAGUCCCGCUCACUUCGCAUCGGGGAUGCGCGCGGACGGCCCGGGCGCGCUCUGUCCGCCCCUCUCGGCAGUAGGGCGCGGUGUGGCGCGCGCGGUCCCCGGGGACAAGCCCGAGGCCGCCAGGCUCGGCGGAGAGGCCAGAGCCCCGCGGGCGGCCGCCGGCCGGUGUGCGUCUCGCCGCCCCACGCAGUUGUGCUGCGCUGCGGGGAGCCGGGCCGGGGACCCUGAGCGCGCACGGCGCCGGAUGCCGUGCGCCAAGCUGCCUCUUCGCUCGCGGCGCUCGGGGUCGGCGGGCAGAGCUCCUCGGACCACCCCGGCGCCGAGCAGCCCCCGCGGGCCCCCGCGGCUCCUGCCGGACGGGAGACGCCCCCCGGCCCCCGCCCCCGCGUGGCCCGGCUGCGCUGGCGGGAGCGGCUGGAGGAGGAGGAGGAGGCGGCGCCGCCGGGACUGCCUCCUCCCCGCCCCUCGCGUCUCCUCCCCGCGCCACCGGGAAGGACGAGGGGACUGGGCACGGGGACCCCGGCCAGUGAGCGCCCGUGCCCCGGGGCCGCCCUUUGCGCGCGCUCUCUCGCCUCGAGCCUGGGGCCGGUGUCGGCUCACAUGGUGUUGGCCGCAGCCAUGAGCCAGGACGCGGAUCCCAGCGGCCCCGAGCAACCGGACAGAGAUGCCCGCAGCGUGCCGGCUGCUCCGGCGCCCCCCGCGCCCCCCGCGCCCCCCGCGCCCCCAGGCCCGAGAGGGAUGCAGCCGCCGCCGCCGCCGCCCCCAGCCGGCCUACCGCAGAUCAUCCAAAAUGCCGCCAAGCUCCUGGACAAGAACCCGUUCUCGGUCAGUAACGCGAACCCUCUGCUUCCUUCGCCUGCCAGCCUCCAGCUGGCUCAGCUGCAAGCCCAGCUCACCCUCCACCGGCUGAAGUUGGCGCAGACAGCUGUCACCAACAACACCGCGGCCGCCUCAGUCCUGAACCAAGUCCUCUCCAAAGUGGCCAUGUCCCAGCCUCUCUUCAACCAGCUGAGGCAUCCGUCUGUGAUCAGCGCCCCCCACAGCCAAACUGGGGUGCCCCAACAUGCUGCAACCAUAUCCAGUGCCCGGUUUCCCUCUAAUGCAAUUGCCUUCUCACCCCCCGGCCAGACACGAGGCCCAGGACCCUCCGUGAGCCUUCCCAGCCAGCCCCCCAACGCCGUGGUGAUGCAUCCUUUCAGUGGGGUCAUGCCUCAGACCCCUGCCCAGCCAGCAGUCAUCUUGGGCAUUGGCAAGACUGCACCUGCUCCCACUGCAGCAGGAUUCUACGAGUAUGGCAAGGCCAACUCCAGCCAGGCGUACGGCUCUGAAACAGACGGCCAGCCCAGCUUCCUGCCAGUCGUGGCCUCUACCACGGGCAGUGUGACCUAUGAAGGGCCCUACAGCCACUCAGGGCAAGAUGGCCAACCUGCCUUUUCCAAGGACUUCUACGGACCCGACUCCCAAGGGUCGCAUGUGGCAGGUGGAUUCGCGGCUGAGCAGGCCGGGGGCAUGAAAGGCGAGGUAGGUCCGCUGCUGCAGGGUCCAAAUAGCCAGUGGGAGAGCCCCCACGGGUUCUCUGGCCAAAGCAAGCCCGAUCUUACGGCAGGCCCUAACCUGUGGCCUCCACCCCGCAGCCAGCCCUAUGAGCUGUAUGACCCCGAGGAGCCCACCCCAGACAGGACCCCUCCUUCCUUUGGGGGUCGGCUUAACAACAGCAAGCAGGGUUUCAGCGGUGCCCGGCGGCGGGCCAAGGAGGAGCAGGCUCUGCUGUCCGUGCGGCCCCUGCAGGCUCACGAGCUGAAUGACUUUCACGGUGUGGCCCCCCUGCACCUGCCACACAUCUGUAGCAUCUGCGACAAGAAGGCGUUUGAUUUGAAGGACUGGGAGCUGCAUGUGAAAGGGAAACUACAUGCUCAGAAAUGCCUGGUCUUCUCUGAAAAUGCUGGUAUCCGGUGUGUACUCGGUUCGGCAGAGGGAACGCUGUGUUCCUCUCCAAAUAGCACAGCCGUUUAUAACCCUGCUGGGAACUCUGAAGAUUAUGCCUCAAAUCUUGGAUCAUCAUACGCGGCCAUUCCAGCAAGGUCAUUUGCUCAGUCAAAUCCCGCAUUUCCUUCGGCUUCCCCUGGGACAAAUUUUGCGCAGCGGAAAACGGGUGCUGGGCGCGUGGUGCACAUCUGCAAUCUCCCUGAAGGAAGCUGCACGGAGAAUGACGUCAUUAACCUGGGGCUGCCCUUUGGAAAGGUCACUAAUUACAUCCUCAUGAAGUCCACUAAUCAGGCCUUUUUAGAGAUGGCUUACACAGAAGCUGCCCAGGCCAUGGUCCAGUAUUACCAAGAAAAAUCUGCUGUGAUCAAUGGUGAGAAGUUGCUCAUUCGGAUGUCCAAGAGAUACAAGGAAUUACAGCUGAAGAAACCUGGGAAAACUGUGGCUGCCAUCAUCCAGGACAUGCAUUCCCAGAGGGAGAGGGACAUGUUCCGGGAAGCAGACAGAUAUGGCCCAGAAAGGCCACGGUCUCGCAGUCCGAUGAGCCGGUCACUAUCCCCGAGGUCCCACACUCCGAGCUUCACCUCCUGCAGCUCUUCCCACAGCCCUCUGGGCCCCACCCGGGCCGACUGGGGCAACAGCCGGGACUCGUGGGAGCACUCACCCUAUGCCAGGAGGGAGGAAGAGCGAGACCCGGGCCCCUGGAGGGAGAACGGGGAGGACAAGAGGGACAGGGCAGACACGUGGCCACACGAUCGCAAACACUACUCCUGGCAACUGGAAAAAGCCGAGUUAGAGGAGCGGCUCGAAGGAAGGAUGAGCCACCGAGAAAAGCACCUGAGGCCUGGGUCCCCCACCCUGCUCCACUCUGCAUCGGGCUACAAAAGCCGAGAAGACGGCUACUACCGGAAGGAGCCCAAAGGCAAAUCGGACAAGUAUGGAAAGCAACAGCAGGAUGCUCCUGGGAGGUCCAGGAGGAAAGAGGAGGCCAGACUGUGGGACAGCAGACACCCCCACCCCGAGGACUCAGGCAAGGAAGACGGGCUGGAGCCGAAGGUCACUAGCGUCCCUGAGAGCACCAAGUCUAAGCAGAGUGAGAAAAACAGAACCAAGAGACCCGACAGAGACCAAGGAGGAGCUGAUGACAGAAAAGAAAGGAUGGCGGGGAACGAGGCUGGAAAAGAAGAGCAGGAGGGCAUGGAAGAAAGCACCUCAUCAGCAACCAGGCAGGAGAAAGAAACAGAGUCCUCAGAUGCAGAAGACACAAGGGCAAAGAAGGAGCAAGAGUGGGAGAGUGGAAGUGAGGCCGAAGGGGAGAGCUGGUACCCCACCAACAUGGAGGAGCUUGUUACAGUGGACGAGGUUGGUGAGGAGGAAGAUUUUAUUAUGGAACCAGACAUCCCAGAACUGGAAGAAAUUGUGCCCAUUGAUCAGAAGGGCAAAAUCUGCCCAGAAAUAUGUCCCUGUGUGAUGACCACCUUAGACCUGGACGUAGCCAAGGAUUUCACCAACGAGGGAGUGAAGCCUGUAGGGAACGGGGCCACGGAAAUCAGCCUCAAGACACCCAAAGACCUGCCUUUUGCCCCCAUGAGCUGUCCCAGUGACAUGGACGUGGAAAUGCCUGGCCUAAAUCUGGACACUGAGCGGAAGCCAGCUGAACGUAAGACAGGCCACUCACUGGAGGGUUCAGAUUGCUACGAGGAGCAGGCAGAGGGAGGGGAGCGUUCCGAUGUGCGUCUGGCCCCUCCACUCCAGCAAAUGUCUUCCCCCGAGCCAGCAGAGGAGGGGGCCCGGCAGCCUAGCCCACCUCUCGAUGACUGCAAGGCCAGGGGGACCCCUGAAGACGGGGCUUGUGAAGGCAGCCCCCUGGAGGGGAAAGCCAGCCCUCGCACCGACACCAGCCUCCAAAACCAGGCUUGCCAAGGAGUGUCGACCCAGGACAACCCCAAGUACGUGGAAAUGAAAUCUCUGGACGUGAGGUCACCGGAAUACACCGAAGUGGAGCUGAAACAGCCCCUCUCUUUGCCUUCCUGGGAACCAGAGGAUGUGUUCAGUGAACUUAGCAUUCCUCUAGGGGUGGAGUUCGUGGUGCCCAGGACUGGGUUUUACUGCAAGCUGUGCGGGCUGUUCUACACGAGCGAGGAGAUGGCGAAGAUAAGCCACUGUCGCAGUGCUGUCCACUACAGGAACUUACAGGUCGGCCAGUCCGCCUGGCCUCUGGUCCCCCCUGCCUGUCACGCGCAGACAUGCCCCUGGGCGCUGAGGCUCUUCUGGAAAACAAGUGGAGUCAUUGUGAGCAUUCAAAGUACUUGUCCCAGCUGGCCGAGGAGGGCCUGAAGGAGACCGAGGGGGCCGGCAGCCCCAGGCCUGAGGAGGGCAGAGUCGUGCUGCACUUUGAGAGGAAGAAGCCUUGAUGCUGCUGGAACCGAGGUGGGGCCUUCCUGACCUCGGUGACGGAAGCUAAAGCCAGAGAGGAAGGAAAGCCAGGCCAGCGUGUUGCCUCGGCUCGUCCUCGGAGACUUGUGAAAAUGCCCUUCAAUUGUCUCCUCAGUGAAGCUGUCACCUGAUGUGUCCAGCAGCUGAGGGUCACCCUCUCUCCCCCCACCUCCCUGAUUCUUGUUUCCUUCAAUCUGCUUCUCUCUUCUUCCCCCUCCCUCCCUCUCUCUCACCUCCUGUGCCAAGGGUCAUUUAUUUUUCAUAAAAUCCAACUUCUCAGGGAUUUUCACGGUGUUCAAAUUCUUGAUGGGACAGGACAGGUCAGGCCAAGGAAGAGCUCUCACGGAAACUCCCGGGUCAAGACCCACUUUGGGGGGCCUGGAGCGUUUUCUGUGCCUGGCGUCCUGAGCCGGGGGAGUUGUCGGGUCGUGCAGGCCUGAAGGGGGUGCCCCCUAGACCAGCAGUUGGCAGAAGCUGGGAGUUCCUCCAGCGGGACCAUCUUUUUGAAAAGCCCCCGUUUCUAAUAACUCUUUCAACCUCUCAGUUCCUCUAGAAGUCCACCAGAUGCAUGCCUUAACAUAAAAGCAAUGACUUUCACCGAGGAGGAAACGAGCUCUUCAUUUUGGAAGCUCUAUUAAGUCCUCCCCGCCCCCCAAACUUAUUUCCAUCCUCAGGAUUUCAGGAGGUGCCAAGCUUUGUUCUGUUCUGGACAAUGAAUUUGGUAUAGAUUCACUUCAAUUAAAAAUGAAAACAGUAGUGUCUUCUCCCUUCCGCCAGAACAAUAGUUGGUACGGGCUUGGGUCGAAUGCUGGCUUCCCAGCCCCGUGUGGCACUGGCUCAAGAGACCCCAAAACAGGGCAAUGGCAUCUGUCCUCGACUCGCUCCUGGUGCCUGCGCUCUGGGCUCCAGCAGCCUCUCAGUGGGAUAGUUUUUAAACUGGUCUCUCAGUGGAGAGAGAAACUAAGGGAAGAGCAAGGCUGCAGGAGUGAGGAGCAGCAUUUGAGGAUUGCCAGGAAUUGGUAGGUGGGCAGGAGGUCGAGGGCAUUUCAGAGGACCCCUGUGUGCACACCUGGGUGUUGAAUGUCAUGAAGAACAGAACUCUUCUUCCUGUAGCGUUUUCUGAUACUGGAGGUGAGUGCCUUCAGGCCCCAGACUAGAGAGUCUGAUGUUCCCCUGGGAGCGUUUGGGACAGAGGUGCUGGGGGGACAUGAGGCUUGCUCACAGCCCCGAGGAAGACCUCAAGAAGGUCAGAGGGGAGCCUUGUGCUGUUUCCACAAGCUGAGCUACUUCCCUGGCUCAGCCCUGGGAAGAUGGUUCCUGUGUUUCUAUUCCUGACCGCAGAUAGAUAGACUAGGAAGGGAUUGUUUGUUUUAUAUUAUUUUUUGCAUUUUUUAUAGUAGAUCAGAUUUUUUUUGUGGUAGAUAUGUAUACUGCACAUUCUGCCCUCUGCACUAAUGGCAGAAGAAUAGAGAAAUUAUCUGAGUUCGACACUGACAUUUUAUCAGUGAAUCUGAGGCACAGAGAAGGAAGAAAUGUAGGACAUAAAAUGAUCUUGUGUAAACCUCGGGCACAUGGUUACUGGUGAGGAGAGAGUUGCAGGGAACCUGCGAAAGAGAACAGAGAAGGCCAGCACCGGAGGCCAACCAGCCAGCCUGGGCUCGCGCCGUCAGGGGCUGGAGGAAGCGGGAAGCCUGACCGCGGUGUGAGGCCAUCCGGGGGCCUCGGAAAGGUUGGUGUCUCAAAGAGAGUGGGCUCUGAAGAUGGCAGCUCAGCUCAAGCUGCCUCCACAGGUUUUUACCUGAUGUUCUGGAGACCGGCCUCCCCCAUUUCUGGGAAAACCUCUGGCCCUAUUUGUCAUUCUUCCCACUCAGGGGAUGUCCAGGGCCAGCUCUCUGGGCACCUUGCUGGGAAGAGCCUAUCACCUCCACCGGAGGCUGGAACUGAGCAUUUUCAGAGAGGCUGGCAGUCUUUUCUUCCCGCAAAGUGAAAGCCGACCCCACCAGCCCGCCCCCCCCUCCCCCCCCAGCACCGUUUCCAUGGAAAUCAGGAUGGCUGUUCAAACAGCCUCAUUCCCAAGUAAUGGGAUGGUUCCCUUGCUGAUAGACUGACCUUCUCCAUACUGGACAGCUGGUGAGAGCCCCUGGGAGGGAUCGAGCAGAGGCUCUCUGCAUCCAAUCAGAGCCUUCACUUUAAAAAUCAUCUAAGAUUCUGCAUCUGUGUAUAUAUUUGUAUUUAUUUGUAUUUAUUUUUAUACAAUCCCAUUGGCAUGGUCCUUCACCCACUCUAUAAUUUGCACUUUUUAUUCCUACAUGUGUCGUACACAAAGCAAUAUUACAGGCAACCAGGAAAAUACGGACUUAUUUUUUAAAGCUUUUCUUCAGUGUUUGUCAACGAUUUCAAAAUGUCUUCCCCAAGAGCUUGUUUAAGAGCAUCUGCUACCGUGAGCAACAGAUUCAUUUGUACCCUGGGUUAAGGUAACAAAAGGCCUAGGUAAUUUUCUUUUCAUCAUAAAACACCUAAAAUAAAGUAUAUACAGGCAGUAUUCCCAAAGAAUUUGGUAGAUUUGGUGUUGGUGUGAGGACAGCCAUUACUGUCCCUUCCUUGGACAGUCUGAGGCUGUGAUCUGUUAGAUUGUACUCGAACUGGACCAGAGUUUGCUUUUUGAGCUUAUGAGAAACAAACACUAGUUAAUUUAAGUUUGAACUUGUAAAGUAUUAGAAUUUGUUGAGUGUCUUAUAAAUCGUCAUCACUUUUCCUGAUCUGUAUAAUUGACCGCAAGUGUUUGUUUUUACAAAAGGAAAAAAAAAAAGGAUUUUUAAUAAAGAGAAUUUGAAAGCUU